UUGACAAAGAAAUGUUUUUGAGGUUAUGUAUUUGUUUAAGGAAGGGAGAGUGGAGAAGGGAUUGUGAUUUUUUGUAAAAUUCCUUGAAUUCCUAUAGAAAUUAUUAAAUAUGAGUGAAAAAAUUGUGAUAUUAAGUAUUAACGGAAAGAGUAUGACUAAAGUGAUAGAUCUGCCAGAAGACAUUCAGGAUCUACUAAAAAUUGCUUCCAGUAAGUUGCAUAUAGCAGCACAGAAAAUAUUCUUGGAAGAUGGAACAGAAAUCAAUGAUAUUAAGUUUAUUCGGAACAAAGAUUUGUUGUAUUUUUCAGAAGGUGAAGAUUUUAAACAAGCACAACUUACAAUUUCCAAUGCUCAUAGUUCAGACUGGAUUACUUUGAAUGUAGGGGGAAGGUGUUUUACUACUUCUAAACGAACUUUAACAAAUAGUGAACCAUCUAGUAUGCUGGCGAGAAUGUUUUCAGAAGAUAUAGAAGGGUAUUUAUUUACACCUAGCAGUAUUGAUAGAGAUGGAGCUUAUUUAAUUGAUAGAACCCCAACAUACUUUGAACCUUUAUUGAAUUAUCUUCGGUGCGGGCAGUUAGUCUAUGAUAAAAAUGUUAAUCCAGAAGGAAUUCUUGAGGAAGCUAAAUUUUUUGGUAUUGAAUCAGUAAUUCCCUUAUUAGAACAGAUUAUUUCAAAAGAGAAGCUCAAUAGAGAUACACUUCCCCUUACUCGUAGAGAUGUAAUUGAUGCUUUAAUAAAGAGCCCCCAUUCUGCAGAAUUGAGAUUUCAGGGAGUAAACUUGUCAGGGUCUGAUUUGAGUAGACUUGACUUAAGGAAUAUUAAUUUUAAAUAUGCUAACUUGCAAGGAUGUAAUUUAAUGGGAGCAAAUUUGAGCUGGUGUUGUUUGGAAAGAGCAGAUCUGUCACAUGCUAUAUUGGAUACUGCUCAAUUGUUGGGUGUUAAAAGUUUGUGCGCCAAUUUUGAAGGAGUAACUAUGAGAAACUGCAAUUUUAAAGAUCCAGCAGGAAGUAGAGCUAAUAUGGAAGGCGUUAACCUCAAAGGUGCAAUAUUAGAAGGUAGUGAUAUGGGUGGAGUAAACUUGAGAGUUGCAACUUUAAAACAUGCCAAUUUAAAAAACUGUGAUCUAAGAACUGCUGUACUUGCUGGAGCAGAUUUGGAGAAUUGUGAUUUGUCUGGGAGUGAUUUACAUGAAGCCAACCUAAGAGGAGCGAAUCUCAAAGAUGCCGCCUUUGAAUUGAUGUUGACUCCUCUACAUAUGUCUCAGACCAUACGGUAGUUAGCGUUGUUAAGAAACAGGAUUUUGAAAAAUUCACCACAAAUUUAACGUAAAAUCGUGUAUCUACAAUUCUUAUUCUUUUUUACAUCAUCUAUAAAAGUUUAUAGGCCUGGAUCCCGCGUAUCAAAACAAAGUUGAUUAAUAGCAAGCUAAAAAUUUGUUAAUAACUUAACAGUGUCUAGUCGGACAAAUUUCGAUGUACGGGAACACUGGAACAGAGGAAGUUUUAAUUGUGGAACAGGUUAAAAAUUUGGAACGUCCGACUACGAAAACGCCCCAUGUAUUUUGUCGGACAGAACUUCCAAUUGAUUUGUUACCCUUUCAUUAAACUCACGCAAAAAUCAGACUGCUAUUUAUUACCAACAUAAUUCCUGACAUAUGACAUGUUCUACGUGUAGGACUUAUUACAAUGCAAAGUUGGUGACAAAUAGCAGUCUGAUUUUUGCAUGAGAGUUGAAAGGCAACAAAUCAAUUGGAAGUUCUGUCCGACAAAAUACAUGGGACGUUUUCGUAGUCUGACGUUUCAAAUUUUUAACCUGUUCCACAAUUAAAACUUCCCCUAUUCCAAUGUUCCCAUACAUCAAAAUUUUUCCGACUAGACACAAUUAAGCUAAUUACAAAUUUUCAGCUUGCUAUUAAUCAACUUUUUUUGAUACGCGGGAUCCAGAACUAUUAGUACUUGAUACUUUACAAUCGGUUAUACAAAAAAAAACUAAAAUGUGUUUAAAUGGUAAUAGAUCUUCAUUGUAAACGGUUUCAGAAUGUUGUGGUAAUACAUAUAUAUUUAAGAGGACAUGUUUAGGGAAUUUUUUUAUUUAGGUAUUUAUUGGUUGAUUUGAACUGAAGGAACAUUAAUUUUGAAUUAUAUAAAACAUUUGCAAUAGUUCGGAGCUAGUAAACAUAAUAGGGAUAAUUUAAGAAAAUAGAUAUAUUACUAUUUGUACAAAUGUCGUUGAGAAAUUAUUAACCUCUAAAGAACUGAUAAACUUGCAAUAGAAUAAUUAGGAAUAAGAUACUUAAAUAAUUAUUUGAUAAUAUAUGGCUGAAAACAGUGUGGCAUGCCUUGUACAAAAUACACUGGUUAAGUUUCUCAACUGAGAGAGCAAUAGUAAACAAAAUACAAACAAAUAUAUGUAAGUUAUGAUAAAAAUACAAUUAAAACAGUAGAACUUUU